AAUCAAUCGUUCAUGCGAUUGUUCAUACGACGGUUAUGGGAUCUAACUUACUCCUCCCCACGUCGAAGAACAUCACCGUACUCAGACCGCUACCCAUUCCCUUGCUGCAUGUGGACUGGUUUAUGCACUUUGUAGCAAUCAAGGGCACCAUGUUAUGCCUCCAUUAAAGGAACUUCGGGAUUCCCACAACUCGAAGAGUUAUGACUUCGAACUCGCCCAUCCCUCCGACGCUCCGCAACCUCAUUCGUGAUGGCCUAGCUAGGGCAGAUCGUUUCGCCUCCAAAUCGGCUUCGCAAGUGGCUCGACUUCGUACCACUGGAGGGAACUCUAAGCCACUAAGUGCUCGAACACUCCGUCGCCAUUUUCUCACCCUGCCCGGUGUCCUGAUAGUUCUUUGGAUAUAUACCUUAUAUUGGGGGGAGCGCUCCGUGUUUUCCAAGAGUAUCCCUGAAUGUCAAUGGGAGAAUUGGGAGAGUUGGCCUGCAGAUGCGAAUCCUCACCGCGUGGUGUUCGUUGCGGAUCCGCAACUGGUUGACCCCCACACCUAUCCAGGACGACCAUGGCCUCUUUCGACACUGACGAUCAAGUACACCGACCGAUACUUAGAGCGAAAUUACCGAAAGAUACGAUGGGACCUGGUGCCAGACAGCGUCAUCUUCCUGGGCGACCUCUUCGAUGGCGGCCGAGAGUGGGCCACUUCUGAGAGCGAAAGCCCCGAAGCCCAAUAUCAUCGAUACAAAUCUCAAUAUUGGUUGGGGGAGUACGACCGGUUCGCAAAAAUAUUCUUCGACCUACCGGUGCAGGUUUCUUCGGGCAGCAACAGGAGGGAUGAUGCAUGCAACUUAUUAGCAAGUCUACCUGGAAAUCAUGACCUUGGAUUUGGCAUAGGCAUCCAAGAACCGGUUCGAGGUCGAUUCAACGCAUAUUUUGGAGAGAGCAACCGGAUAGACAUCCUUGGAAACCAUACUUUUAUUUCCGUUGACACCGUAUCCCUGAGUGCAAAAGACGAUGACCAGGCAAGAGAACGGGAAGACCUUUGGGGACCGCCUAUGGAGUUCUUGGACACUGUCAAGUCUAUGAUUGGAAAGUCAGUCCAACGGGAGACCUCGUGGCGAUUCAAUGGCACCCUGCCCACCACCCGGUUUCGCCAUGAGUUGGUCGAGACCGAGCAACUAGCAAUAAGCAAGCUAUUCAACGAUGCCCCGUCGUCUCCAUGGGAAGGAUCCGUGUUUCCUUCUGUUCUUCUCAGUCAUGUACCGCUCUAUCGGCCCCCAGGAACCCCUUGCGGUCCUUUGCGAGAAAAGUGGCCUCCAUCAUCGCCGCCCAAAGGCCAGUCGGAGCCAUUGGCCAAUGAUGAGAGGAACGCCAUUGCCGUUCAGAGGGGGUAUCAAUAUCAAAACGUCCUAACUCCUGAGACAUCCAAAAAGAUCACAGGGAGCAUUGGCACACUCAAGUAUGCUUUCUCCGGAGAUGAUCACGAUUACUGUGAAGUUGUCCAUCGUGGGUACCAAUCUUCUGGGAGCGGGAUCCGGGAGAUCACAGUCAAAUCGUUGUCCUUGGCUAUGGGUAUACGGCGACCGGGCUUCGUCAUGGCCAGUCUUUGGAAUCCGGUUGAUGAGACCGGGGCCCCGCUUUCUUCUGCGAAAGAUUUUUCUACGCAGCAAACAAUGCAGACACAACUCUGCCUCCUUCCUGAUCAGCUGGGGGUCUUCAUCCGCUACGGUAUUCUGUUUGUCUUUACUGUUCUCCUUCUUACCAUUAGCGCGGCGCACACGGCUUUCUUUUCAUCACGGACGGAUGCAUCCAGGGACAUGCCUCUUUUACCAAUUACGAACAUUUCAUCUUCGGCCGAGAACGAGAAGGCGGAGCUAUCGCAGUUUAGAAAUCAUCGAAACCCCAGCUCGAACGAGUCUUCCUCGUCCCAGACUUCUACGUCUGAGGCAAGAAAUAAGUUAUGGGAACGAACACAGACUGCGCGGACAAGGAGUUCUAGUCCCAUCGGCGGAUAUGGCCUGCCCCCGAGCCGGCAGACAUAUACGCCACCUCUCAUUGAUCAUGCAGGAACGUACGCGGUCGAGUCUAAUUUGAACCAUUCGUAUUACCCGAGUCACCAGGGUUAUCGCUCUAUCGCACGACGGCGGCAGGGUUUGGGACUCUUUUUGUAUGAGAUUCGGAUGGGUUUUGCAAAGGUCGGAGUUGUGCUAUUGUGGUACACAUACCUCCUCUGGAAUGGGUAGGGCGGUAAUCGGAAAUUUUGGAUCUGUAUAUAUCUACUACAUCCCUGCCUAACGACCUUGUUAAAGUAUUCGAAUGCCUAAAGAUUUACACCAUUCAGCAAAACCGUCAAC